AUGCCUAUCUCAAAAAAGGACCGGAGAGCGCGUGAGCAGAAGAAGGGUGACGCAGACGGGACCCGCGCGCCUGUCAAGGCCAACGGCCUGCCCGUCAAGCCCGCCAAGCCGACCUCCAUCUGCGCCAAUUGCCGCAAGGAGAUUGUCAACACCAACAAGAUCCAACUCGAGAAGCACGCUGAGACGCACGACUCCAAGGCAUGGCCCAAGGAGAAGUGCUGGCCCAAGGACUUCCCUACUGCUACGUAA